AAGUGAAACACCUGCAAGGCCGGAUUGUAAAUAUUGUGACACAACAUAGUGACCCAUUGGUGUCGGUGUCGUAGAAGCAAAACAAUUAAACACAAGACAAGAAGAACGCAAUUUAAAUAAUUAAUCAUUUGUACUGUACAUUCGAAAUACUGUCAAAUUCGGGUCAGUAACAUCUGCAGGGUGUUGGACAAAAAAAGAAAAAAGAACACAAACACGAUCAAAUGGAUAGAAGAAAGAAAAUGUAUCAUGCAAGAUCUCACUGACUGAUCAAAAACACAAUUGUUUACGUAUGACGUGUUUCUCUACCAGGAAAUACAAUAUCAGUCAAGCAGACAUGGAGAAAAUAGUGAGGAUAGCCAUUAGGCAGUAAAUCUGGUAAAGCGGAAAUCCCCAGUCAUCGGAGAUGAGCAAGGAUAUCUCCAUUCACAGUUGGCCAUGCUCGUACUACGUAAGCAACGAAAAGCGAUGGGUCUGCGGCACCUUGUCCUUGACUCCGAAGUCUCUAAGGUUUACAUCCAGCAAGGAUGGAGAGAACCUGGCCAGCUUCAGGCUCUUCAGAAUCAGUGAGAUAAAGAAGGAGUCUUCCAGCUUCAUAUUCAGCUCUCUCACUAUCACGGAAGGGAACGUCAAGCACUGGUUCAGCUCCCUGCAGCCCAGCCGGGCGGUGGUGUUCAAUGUGCUCGAGCACUUCUGGAGGGAGCAGCUGCUGGGCUCUGGAGCUGCUGCUGGGGUGGAGGCCUCUGAGAGCCAGACUAGCAAAGGGAAGGAACUGAUCAGGCUGGUGUCUGGCUCUCAGAAGAGACUGGAGGACACUGGGAAAGUGCUGCACCACCAGGGGGAGCAGUUUGACAACAUCAUGGUGGGGCUGAACAAAAUUGAAUCUGAUUCAGAUGUGGCGGACAAGUUGCUCUCCGAGUUGGAGUCCCCCCCUUGGUGGCCCUUUGGUAAACUUCCUUGGAGAAGCCAGCAGGAAGCGAAAAUCCAGCAUGAGGCCUCUGCCUCUGCCUCUGCCUCUGCCUCUGCCUCUGCUUCUGCCUCUGCUAAAAAGGGCCCUGGGAAAGAAGGUGUCAUUACUAAAGUUCCAGUGAUCUUCUCUAAAGGCGAGGACUUAAACCUCAAACCAGGGAAACUAACAGUGCUGGUUUCAGCCUUGGAGAUCAGUGACUCUAGCUCUCAGCACGUGCACAGAUACCACAGGGAGGAGGUGGACGAUAUCCGGGUUCACACCCCUUUUGAGCUCAGCAUCAGGCAGAGGUUCAUUGGGAAGCCAGACAUCAGUUACAGGCUGAUGUCAGCUAAAAUGCCUGAAGUGCUUUCCAUUCUGGAAAUGCAGUACAAGAAGAAAAUCGAGUUUAUGCCAGAUUAUUCAGCUUUCAAAAGCAACCCUGAACAAUCUCCCUCUAAUCCAGAAACUUCAAUAUGGAAUUCAGCCAGUGGCUUCAUUGACUGUAUUAGACUGUCCGAGGCUCAAUCUGGAGAGCAACAAGCCCAGCUGCAGGUUCUACAGCCUCCUGUGUCCGACUCAGAAGCCCAGGAACUGAAACAGAUGGUUAUGAAAUUGAAGAACCUGGCCUUGGAAGCAGAGACAGAGUUGGAACGACAAGAUGAAGCCUUAGACAUCAUCACUUCCUCCGUGGACCAUGCAACGACACACAUUGACAAACACAUCCGUCGCAUGAGGAAGCUACUGUAGCCCCCCAGCCAAUAAAUAAGCCCAUGGUAAAAAAAAUAAAUAAAUAAAAAAUUGUGAACUAGCUAAUGUAGGGUACCAAAUUGGCUGUUGUUGUUCUGAACUUACUUAGAGCUGUAGUGUCCAAUACGGUUUUAAAAUAGCUUUCACAUAUUUAAGAAUGGUAUUACAUUACUGGGCCAUUUGAAAAAUGUAUCAGCUGUGUACCUGUAUGGUUUUCCUAUAAAAUUUAUUAGUAUAACAAAAUAUUUUUAAAGUAAUGUUUUGAUUUCUGAGCUAUAGCAGAGAUGUUGACGUACUGAUGCUAGUUGUAGCAGGAGCAGCAUGUAUUCCUAUGGCAAUCGAGCUUAGAAAGGGGAACGAAGCAUGUAUUCCUACAGCUAAAACUAAUUUGAUAAUGAUUGCACAGAAGGAUAAACUAAAGGCAGAAUGUAGCAAACCAACAGGAGUUUUAUUGUAUUAGAAAUGUGCUUAUCAGUAGUAUUUAGGAAGUGAGAUGGUUUUAUGUUGUAGAUCAAUGGAACUACAUUGGGGCUCUGCAGUGCAUACCUGCCCAUGGCCUGCAGUGUCAAAGAAAACACAUUAAGGACCUGAUCAGAAAUGAGGUAGUAAAAAGUAACUGGAAGAAAUGUGUUUGAACAGUUACAUGAUCUGUUUUUGCUCAACGCUGUAUUAUUCUGGAUUUUUGCACAUUGACUAAUCAGUCACACUUCUUAAUCAAGGGAUUUUGCUAAAAGAUGGAAUCUUUAUUUGGUUGGGCGUUUUUUUAAACAAUAAAAUCAUCCUGUAGUGUUAGCUAGUGAUAUAACUUUAAUGAGGUUGAUAUAGACCAAUUUGUAUGUUGUGCAUUAUGUUAGAAAUUUAAACUGGUACAGUAUAUUAGGUUUCAACACAAUUGUGAUGAAAUAAUUUAGGAAUUCGCUGUCACAAAGCAGCAGCAGCUGUUAACUGGUUUUAAAUCUCUUUUUAAUGUACAAGGAAGUCUGCACUAAAGGAAAAUGAAUUAAUCUGUAUAUAGGUCUACUGUACAAUUCUGUAGAAUUAUUUUCCAUUCGUAUGCCUUCGUCCCUACAGGUACAAACAGUAGGUGAGGUAGUGCUUUCUAUUUCUCCUUAACCAUGCUCUUUGCUUACCUUCCCUGGUAAUUUAUGAACACAAACACACAAUCCACCAUUCACAUACUGCAAAUUCCCCUGCACAUGUAGCACAAUCAUUUUAUUUUACAGUGGUAAGGGAUUUAGGGUUAAAAACAUUUACAUAUUAACAGUAAGCUUAAACUGACCUCACACAUGUAGUUUUACAUGUAUAACACUCCUUUGCUAAUCCGUACAUUUAAACAGAUACAGUAAUAAAUAUAUAGCCACACUAGGCAUGCAUCUCUCAUAUUAGAGCCAUAUAUGCUUGUGUUUAUCAUAUUAGUGUUUGAAGCAACACAUGCAAUACUAGAAAUCUCUACUGUGCAGUAAUAAAACCUGCACAUUGUUGUACAGUAUAGUACUAAUAUUUUCUGUACAUGCACAAACAGAUGAACAUAAUUGUAUGUAAAAAAAUAAAAAAUAAUGUGUAAAUAAUUAAUGUAAUUGUAUGUAAAAAUAAUGUGAUAUCUUGUAACAAUUGUAAGUCGCCCUGGAUAAGGGUGUCUGCUAAGAAAUAAAUAAUAAUAAUAAUAAUAAUAAUAAUAAUAAUAAUAAUAAUAAUAAUAAUCCAAACACACUUUGUUAAAAGAAAGGGCAGCUUGAAAAACACAAUUUGUUUGUAACCUAAUGUGCAGCCCAACAUUCAUCAAUGAAAAUACUACAUCGGUCUAACCUGUCUCCUUUAUAAAACAAUAGGACAUCAUUUUAGACACUGACUCGCAGACAUAGUGAAAAAGAGUCAAAUAAUAAUGACCUUUUUCUACUUUAUUUUUUGUAAAUAUUUCAUGCCACUGUUUUCGUUUUUCCUGUGCCUGCGUAAAGCAGGGCUGUCCAACUGAUGGCUGUUGGACCGUUUCUGGCCCACUGAGCUCCACAAUAUGGCUUUUUUGAGAGGAGGUUUCCAAUUUAAGGCUGGCAGAAGGUCACAUUUAUUUUGAUGUACAUACAGUAAGUUUUGGUGAUCUGCUUUUUCAUGGUACUGAUACAGUAGCUCUAAUGUGGUAUUCACAGCUGUGGCAAGGAGUUUAUCCUUCAAAACCAUAUUUAUCAAUAACACAUAAUAGUAGAUGCUUUGUUCUAGAGAAUCCGUUCUAGGUAAUUUUUGCUUUAGGAACUAGACAUUUUAAAUGUAAUAUCUUAGACAAGACAACAUUAUUUAUUUAUUUAUUUCUUAGCAGACACCCUUAUCCAGGGCGACUUACAAUUGUUACAAGAUAUCACAUUAUUUUUACAUAUAAUUACCCAUUUAUACAGUUGGGUUUUUACUGGAGCAAUCUAGGUAAAGUACCUUGCUCAAGGGUACAACAGCAGUGUCCCUCCAGCUGGGAUUGAACCCACAACCCUCCGGUCAAGAGUCCAGAGCCCUAACCACUCCUAACUACUCCACACUGCUAGACUGAUGACACAAAAAGGAAAAAUGAGAAAUUCCUGUUGUCUGGUCCCAAAUUGGCGACCACUACCACAAACCCGUACAUUAAUGUGGGAGAGUCAUUUUUUCUUGGGGUGGAAUUUACACCAAUGAGGUGUGUCCUGUUAGAGCAGUGAUGUAAUGCUGGAUACAAUUCAUGUGACAACCCUCUAUAACAUAAGAUUUGGAUCACAACAGGGUUGCUAAGUUACUGACCAGCACAUGUUUCACAAAGAGACAUCAAUUUACCUGCUUAAAAAACUGAAUUGGAUAAUGUUUACAUUACGGCUAUUGAGAAAAUCGUAAAGUGGUCAAGAGGAUUACUUCACUAAAUCAAAACCAAAUGUAAGCGGUUAAGUGAUUAUGACCUUUAUUUACUUUAUAUAUAAUAUGCUUCUUCAUUGCUUUUUAAUGAGUUUCUGUAUCUAUAAACAAAAUUUAAGUCAUAGAAUCUUUGCCGUAAUUUUAACUGAAAACCAGAAGUUGAGUCAUGCUGAAAAAGCUGGCAUGCUUUUGAUAGUGUUGAUUUGUUCAAUGUGUGUGCUUGUUUUUGAUUUAAUGUGUUUAUAUACUGAAAAUAUGUGUUCAAAAUAGGGAUUCACUGAAUCCAAGUUUUUGGGAUUUGGCUGAAUAUCGAAUCCAUCUCAAAAGAUUCAGCUGAAUACCGAACCAAAUACCGAAUCUACAAAAACUGUCAAGAAAAUUGAAGGAAACUGCUGAAUGAAAAACAGACUGGCAGCUACUAACAAGGGACGCACACAAUCUAUAGUUUUGAGCCUUUUAGUUCAUAGUAUUUUUAUUACCAAAUGGAAAUAUAUCCCUGACUAAGAUUUCAGUUUGAAACUUACACAAUUUACCGCUAGCCCCCUCCCCCCACAACAGAAACAUCAAAAUACAGAACCGUUUACUUCACCUUUACAAGAAAGGAGAGCUGCAUCUUUGUCUAACCCUCUAUUUUCUUUAAUGACGUUUCAACCUGUGUCACCUGAUCUGAAAGCUAUGAGGAAAAAAUUACAGUGAUGAGUGACCUGAAUCUCCCUGUGAAAUAAAACCCAUGCUGAUUUAAAUGCACCGUGUGUGUAACACAUAUCAAAUAGGCUACGAAAUAGUUUAAGAAAUAUUUUAAUAAAACACAGCAGUUCCCAAAUGGUUCAACUUGUAUUGGCACAUUACAAUAACGUAAUUUAAUUUACUGAAGCAUAUUGUUCAACUUCUUGCACAUCUGACAGUUGUAAAGUUAUAAAAAAUAGAUAUUUCUGUGCACCGAUUUUUUUUUUUUUAAUCUCAGUUUGAUCUCUAGAACACGUUUGACAGACAAAGCAACAAUACACAAAAGUCUACAACAGUUUGCCAUUACUAUAUAUUCCAGGUUUACUGCAUAACUUUACUCCAUGAAAAGUGUGAUGUGACUGUGCUGUUGCAUAUGGGGGUUUGUUUGCAUUCAGCAGUUGCAUGACGUGUUUAGUGCAUGUGCCAUCAGUAAUUUAGGGAGUUGAGAGCUGCGACAGAGUUCAUCAAACAUGUUCUUGUUAUUAAAUACAACAGUUACAUUCAAUACUGGAUUUGUGUCUUUUAUUUAAAGAACAUUGGGGGGAUGUAUUAAAAUGGAUGUGCGUCUGGGUGGCUGUAGGAUUCAGAUUCGGUUCACCGAAUCCUAAGUAUUCGGAACCGUGCCCAAAAAGUAGGUAUUCGGGCUGAAUCCAAAACCGAAUAUUGGAUUUGGUGCAUCCCUAGUUCAAAAUAGUGAUGCAGUGUAUUUUUCAGGAAAGUGGGUUGCUAAUUCGAGCAGGUGCAUUAGAUUUAAAUAGUUUGUGUGUGUGUGUGUGUAUACACACACAUUACAUUAUACUGUGAAUGGGGUCAUGCAUUUACAUAAACUCUCAAGUAUUAGAAAUGUAGUACUAAAAUAAAACAUAAGAAAAGAUAAGACUAAAGGCUGCUACCCACCAGACACGAUGCGACAAGUGGAACAGAACCUGUGCUUUUAAUAAGUAUCUUUCACACCACAGGCGAUGCGGGAGCGACACCAGGGCAACACUGGAGCGACGCAAAAUAAAUAGGAUUAAAUCCUAUAUUUUGCUAUUUGUCGCGUGACAACUAGGGAAUUGACCAAUCAGAGAACAGCUUCAAUGCACGUGGUCCAGCAGGGUGAAUCAGUAUUCAAAAUGACGAAGGAAACAAUAAUACUUGCCAUGGAAAAAUACCCAGAGCUUUACAACAGAGGUCAUCGCAAUUAUAAAGAUUUGAAAGACAAUAUAUGGGAGUCCACUUCGAAGCAACUGGAUAAGCCUGGUAUGCAUUUAUUGCCAUAUAUGUUGAAAUAUCUUCAGAGAAGAGACACAUAAUUUCCACAUCAUGUUGUUGAAUUUGUACCUGUCUUGAUCAAAGUUUUGUCAAUAGCAGUUUUUAAUAGUUGUAUAGAUCUGGCAGUUUUAUAAACUUGUCGCAUCGCCUCUGUGUUGCUUGGGAAAGUAUCAUAUCUCCCAGUGAAAAAUCGCAUUGCAUCCUUUCAAAAAACAAUGAUAAUAAUAAAGUUAUGCAAAAUGUCAAAACUAUAUAUAUAUAUAUAUA